AUGGUGCUCCUCGGAUACCACAGGCACACGGCUUUAACGGAAAAACGCACGGCCGCAGUGCAACAUGCAGCCGGGGCUGGCAUUCAUCCUGUGACAUGUGUGACACAGCAGCCAACGGCCGCAGGAUAUCACGCUAGCGGUACCGCCGAAGAAUCUAGGGACACAGCAGUAGUCAGUGAUUCUAACUGCAACGACACACAAGGAGCCAGUGUUUCCGAAGACGAGGACAUCGCACCAGUGGAAGAAAAUGACGCGUCGGGAACGUCUUUCGACGAAGCGUUAGCUGAUUUUAACUGCAACAACACGCAAGGAGCCAGUGUUUCCGAAGACGAGGACAUCGCACCAGUGGAAGAAAAUGACGCGUCGGGAACGUCUUUCGACGAAGCGGUAGCUGAUUUUAACUGCAACGACACACAAGGAGCCAGUGUUUCCGAAGACGAGGACAUCGCACCAGUGGAAGAAAAUGACGCGUCGGGAACGUCUUUCGACGAAGCGGUAGCUGCACGCACUGAAAGCACAAGAUGUCAUUUUUGCGCUACUAUGAAAGCAAAAGUGCAGCUGCUCGAGGAUGAAAUACAGAAGCUAAAACAGGGUGGCUCCCCUUAUGCAGCAAACAAGCACCAAGGAAAACUUGUGACAUCUAUGAGCAAUGCUGAAGUGCAUUUUUACACAGGCAUGUAUAAAUGGAGGUCUUAUACACCUUACACAGCAUGCACUUUCCUAUUCAUAUAAUUUUUU